UUUAUAUAAACAAGUCUCUGUCAGGAAUCACAGAGAAAAAAGGGUUACUAGUAUAUCAAAUGAGAGAAUGAUAGAACAAAAUGGAAAACUCGUUACUCAAAUUCCAUUUCACAACAGAAUUUUCAUUCUUCCAUUGAUCUCUGUUUUUCCAAAUUCGUGUACAGAAUCGUAGCGACUUGUUUGUUUCGAUUAAUUUAUUUUUUAAUCGAUUAUUGAGAUUAUUCUGUGGUUGACGAUGAUGAUUAUCAAAGAUCCAAAUUCGAACUCGUUGUUGAUUGAUUCAGGGUUUGUUUCCGUUCUUCGUAUAUGCUUAAUUUUCUGAUCGUGUUUUUGAUUUUUUUUUAUAGUGUGCGCAUUCAAUUCAAUUGAAACGAGUGUUUGAAUUAGUCAAAUAUUGAAUUGAGAGCUUCUGAGGUUAAGUGAUUGGUGAAUUAGGGUUCCUUUCGUUGAUAUUUCGAAAGCAAUUGAUCUUUAUUACCUCGAUGUAUUGAGAAUUUGAGUGUAUGAGUUUUGAAUUCUGAAUUGUGAAUAUGGUUGGUUAUUAGUGGCAAAUGGGAGAAUCAUGAUGAAUGCGGAAGCUAGAUUUUUGUUUGUCAAUGGAUGCAAUAGACAAGGCAUUUUCUGAGCUUGUCAGUAUUAUAAAAUCAUGGAUACCCUGGCAAUCUGAGCCAGCAAACGUGUCGCGUGAUUUUUGGAUGCCCGAUCAUAGUUGUAGAGUAUGCUACGAGUGUGAUGCACAAUUCUCUUUAUUUAAUCGCAGACACCAUUGUCGUCUUUGUGGACGGAUUUUUUGUUCCAAGUGUACUACGAAUUCGGUUCCUGCACCGUUUAGCGGAGGCCAGAGGAAUUCUUGGGAUGAGUCGGAGAAGAUUCGGGUGUGUAAUUAUUGUUACAAGCAGUGGGAGCAGGGUAUAGUUUCUUUUGAGAAAAGUGGUCAGACUUCUAAUCUUGAACGUACAAUGUCAGCUUCGAGUGUGGCUAGUAGUAAAACUAGUGCCACGGGUAACAGUAGUAACAUUACUAUUUGCUCCGUGCCUUAUUCGGUUAGUUCUUAUAAACAAAAACAACAGGGUUCAUGUGGGAACAACAUGCAUCAGUCACCUAAGAGGGGAAAAGAAACUGAUAGGGAACGUUUAUCAUCCAUAGGAGGGAGGAAUAUUGAUCUUGUAGAAGAACUAGGGGACCCAUUAACGAAGCAAUACGGGUUCUCUAUGAGCAGGAGUGACGAUGAUGAGGAUGAGUAUGAUGUAUAUCGGUCUGAUUCUGAUAUAAGGCAAUAUCCUCAAGUGAAUAGCUACUAUGGACAGGCCGUGCUUGAUGGAAUAAAAAAAAUUGAUGGCUCACAGAAAGGGCAUCCCAAUGGAGAAAACAUUGAUGCAAAACUCUCUUCAAACUACAAUUUUGAUGCAUGUGGUUUGGAAGGAACGCCAGUUAUUGCAAAAAAUGAAGAUGAACCUGAUAUCUGUGAUGAACAUGAUGCACCUUCGUCGUUAUAUGUUUCAGAGGAUGUUGAUGCUGAACCUGUCGAUUUCGAAAAUAAUGGACUUUUGUGGCUCCCCCCUGAACCAGAGGAUGAAGAAGAUGACCGGGAAGCUAUUAUGUAUGAUGACGACGAUGAUAAUGAGGGAAAUAGCACUGGAGAGUGGGGCUAUCUUCGCAGUUCAAGCAGUUUUGGAAGUGGGGAGUAUCGACAGAGAGAUAGGUCAAAUGAGGAACACAAGAAGGUAAUGAAGAAUGUAGUUGAUGGACACUUUAGGGCUUUGGUGUCGCAGCUCUUAGCAGUUGAGAACCUACCAGUUGAGGACAAUAACAAAAACAGUUGGUUGGAAAUAAUCAUAUCUCUGUCAUGGGAAGCUGCUAAUUUACUGAAACCAGAUAUGAGCAAAGGUGGUGGGAUGGACCCAGCUGGUUAUUCGAAAGUCAAAUGCAUAGCAUGUGGGAGCCGCAUUGAAAGUGUGGUGGUUAAAGGAGUUGUUUGUAAGAAAAACGUGGCUCAUCGACGAAUGACGUCAAAAGUGGAUAAACCUCGCUUGUUGAUCCUUGGAGGGGCUCUUGAAUAUCAGCGUGUUACCAAUCUCUUGUCUAGUGUUGAUACCCUAUUGCAGCAGGAAACGGACCAUCUUAAGAUGGCAGUGGCAAAGAUAGCUUCACACCAGCCAAGUAUCCUUCUGGUCGAGAAAUCAGUUUCUCGAUAUGCACAAGAAUAUCUUCUUGCAAAAGACAUAACACUAGUUCUCAAUGUAAAGAGACCGCUUUUAGAGCGCUUAGCACGUUGUACUGGCACUCAAAUAGUGCCUUCAAUUGAUCAUCUUUCAUCGCAAAAGUUGGGUUACUGUGAAACGUUUCAUGUUGAAAAAUUUCUCGAAGACCUAAUUGUUGCUGUUCCGGGUGCAAAAAAACCAAUGAAAACAUUGAUGUUUUUUGAAGGUUGCCCAAAACCAUUAGGUUGCACAAUUUUACUUAGAGGAGCUGACAUGGAUGAAUUGAAAAAGGUAAAGCAUGUGGUUCAGUAUGCAGUUUUUGCAGCCUACCAUUUGGCUAUGGAGACAUCUUUUCUUGCUGAUGAAGGAGUCUCUCUGCCAGAACUUCCAUUAAACAGUCUCGCCCUUCCAAAUAAGUCGUCAUCCAUUCAAAGGUCAAUCUCAACAGUUCCUGGUUUUAGUGUUCCGGGCAAUGAGAAGUCUCAGAUUCAUGAUCCCAACAAUGGACCACGGAGGACCAAAAGUGUCACAGUUACUGAACUAGUCUCCCCAGUUUGCAAUACAGGAUCCUUAUCUAAUGGUUGUUCUCAAUCUUUGCCAUCUGGAUCAAAUCUUAACCAUUCAGCUGCCAUGUACUCCUCCAUUGUUGCUUCUGGAGAUAAUAUUCCUGAAUUGCACCAUAAGAAGCUUCUUUCCAAACAACCUCCGGUAAAAGAAACUUCUGUGGUGGAUGAUACCUUUGUAAAUGGUACGGAAACUUCAGAGCAAAUAUAUCAAGGCAUUUUAGCUGAUAAUUCUCGAAAUGGUCAUAACCAAAUCUAUGCAAAUCAGUUAAGCGCUUCGGAGUCGUCAUUAUCUCCAAAUUAUGCUCAAAACCAUACUGAUAAGAAGCUUGUAACCACAAAUGAAGAACCAGUUCCUCAAAAAGAAGAGUUUCCUCCAUCACCCUCUGACCAUCAAAGCAUUUUGGUGUCUUUAUCGUCUCGGUGUGUAUGGAAGGGAACCGUGUGCGAGAGGUCCCAUCUAUUCCGAAUUAAAUACUAUGGAAGCUUUGACAAGCCAUUGGGUCGGUUCCUGCGGGACCAUUUAUUUGAUCAGAGUUAUCGAUGUGAUUCUUGUGAUAUGCCAUCGGAAGCACAUGUGCAUUGCUAUACUCAUCGACAGGGAACACUUACCAUAUCGGUAAAAAAACUACCAGAAAUCAUCCUGCCUGGUGAAAGGGACGGAAAGAUUUGGAUGUGGCACAGGUGCUUGCGGUGUCCAAGAAUCGGUGGCUUUCCUCCUGCCACACAGAGAAUAGUAAUGUCUGAUGCUGCUUGGGGUUUAUCAUUUGGAAAGUUUUUGGAGCUCAGUUUCUCAAACCAUGCUGCAGCCAGCAGGGUGGCAAGCUGUGGCCAUUCUCUACACAGAGAUUGUCUUCGCUUUUAUGGAUUCGGGAAAAUGGUUGCUUGUUUUCGAUAUGCAUCAAUUGAUGUUCACUCAGUCUACCUUCCUCCACACAAACUGAAUUUUGAUCACGGGAAACAGGAUUGGAUACAGAAAGAAUCAGAUGAGACGGUCAAUCGAGCCGAGCUUUUAUUCUCCGAAGUACUCAAUUGUCUAAGUCAAAUUGGAGAAAAAAAAUCGAAUUCAAUCCAAAGCAGUAGUGGUCAUAAAACACCGGAAUUAAGACGUCAAGUUACUGAACUGGAAGCAAUGUUGCAAAGGGAGAAACUGGAAUUUGAGGAAACUCUUAAAAAGAUUUUGAACCAAGAAAAGAGAAAUGGCCAACCUGGAAUUGACAUUCUGGAAAUUAACCGACUGUGGAGGCAGUUACUUUUCCAAUCAUAUGUGUGGGACCACCGCCUUGUGUAUGCAGACAGCUUAGCUAAUUCCAACAUCGAAACUGAUUUAAGCAGUUCGACUUCAGAAGAUAAGGAAACACCUAUAGAUGAAAAUUUGAUGACUGGGGUCUCCUUGGCUAGAAGGGGAUUCAGCAGUGCUGACUCUAUUCAUGAACUAGUUGAUGCCAAAAGUUCCCAAUCCGAUGCAUUUAAUCAAGAAAUUGACGUGGCCAAAAAUAAACAAAACGAGAAAGAGCAUCCCAAUCUUUCUCUCAGCAAAAGCGUAAAUGAUCAAUCGCACCUUUUAGAACAUGAAUUGGGUGUUCGUAGAGCUCUCUCGGAGGGGCCAUUACCCGUUGUACCUAGUUUGUCUGAUACACUUGAUGCAAAAUGGACAGGUGAAAACCAGUCAGGAAUUGGAAUUCAAAAGGAUAGCACUUCCGGAAACCCUGAUAUAUCUAUAGCAGAUGCUUUGACAACCACUACACAAAGAGAAACGUACUAUCUCGGGGAUCGCUCUGAAGACCAGAACAGUUCCAAGAGCAUCUUUUCUUCUCUUAAAAGUCAUGAUAAUUUGGAAGACUCUUUAAGUUGGUUAGGGAUUCCCUUUGUAAACUUCUAUCGCCAAUUUAACAAGAGCUUGUUUGCUAGUAGCCAGAAGAUUGAAAAACUAGUGGAAUACAAUCCCGUUUUUGUAACGUCAUUCGGGAAGCUGGGACUCCAUGGUGGUGCAAGCAUGCUUUUGCCGAUCGGUGUUAAUGACACUGUAAUUCCAAUAUAUGAUGAUGAGCCCUCGAGUAUUAUAGCUCAUGCCUUGAUGUCAUCGCAAUAUCAUUCCCAGUUAUCUGAUGAAUUAGAGAGAUCAAAAGAUGGAUCUGAAUAUGCAUCAACUUAUUUUUCAGAGUCUGGUGCCUUCCAGUCAUUUUCAUCGGCCGAUGAUACAGCUUUUGAUUCUCAGAAAAGUUUUGGGUCGAUCGAGGAUAUGAUAUUGUCCAUGUCUGGUUCUCGUAACUCAUCAAUGUUGGACCCAGUGAUGUAUACAAAAGCUAUGCAUGCCAAAGUUUCCUUUGGAGAAGAAGAUCCCCUUGCAAAGGUAAAAUAUUAUGUGACUGUUUACUAUGCAAAGCGAUUUGAAGCCUUAAGAAGAGUCUGCUGUCCUUCCGAGCUUGACUACAUAAGGUCUCUAAGUCGCUGUAAGAAAUGGAGAGCUCAAGGUGGGAAGAGUAAUGUAUUCUUUGCAAAAACCUUGGAUGAUCGAUUUAUCAUCAAACAAGUUACCAAAACAGAACUUGAAUCGUUCGUUAAAUUUGGUCCUGAAUACUUCAAGUACCUUUCUGAAUCCAUAGGAACAGGAAGUCCAACAUGCCUGGCAAAGAUUCUUGGCAUAUACCAGGUUACUUCAAAGCAUCUCAAAGGAGGUAAAGAGUCAAAGAUGGACGUUUUGGUUAUGGAGAAUCUUCUAUUUAGGAGGACCGUGACACGACUUUACGAUCUCAAAGGAUCUUCUAGGUCUCGGUAUAAUCCAGAUAGUACAGGGAAAAACAAAGUUCUGCUGGACCAGAAUUUGAUUGAAGCAAUGCCAACUUCUCCUAUUUUUGUGGGAAACAAAGCAAAACGACUGUUAGAAAGAGCCGUCUGGAAUGAUACUGGUUUUCUUGCAUCAGUUGAUGUAAUGGACUAUUCAUUACUAGUUGGGGUGGACGAAGAAAAGGACGAGUUAGUUCUUGGAAUAAUCGAUUUCAUGAGGCAGUAUACAUGGGACAAGCAUCUUGAAACAUGGGUGAAAGCUUCAGGAAUCCUUGGAGGACCAAAGAAUACACCACCAACAGUUAUAUCACCAAAGCAAUACAAGAAAAGGUUCAGAAAAGCAAUGACUACUUACUUUCUCAUGCUUCCAGAUCAAUGGUCCCCUCCAUCGAUUAUUCCUAGUCAUUCUCAGUCUGAUUUAGUUGAAGAAAACAAAGAAAAAGAAAAAGAAAACAAAGAAAAAGAAAACAAUACACAGUCUAGGACUUUAGCUGAAUGAUUCUUUCUUUCAUGUGUUUCUGUAAAUUUUACUUCCAUUUUGGGAAUCAUCAACUCCAUCCAUAUUUUUUAUUUGGUUUUUGUUUUUGGCCUCUUAAAUUAUAGGAAUUCUUUUGGUUCAAUUAUGAUAGAUAUACACACAGAAGCUGUUAGAAGCCACAUGGUGUUUGUCUGGAGUAAAUGUAUUUAAUGACCUCCAGAUGAAAUCUAUGUACAAAAAACAUACAGUCUGUUUCCAGCAUCAUAUAUACAUGUAUAAAAUUUCAGACGCGUUCGAGUAUCUCAAAUUUCAUUUGUCA